GCUAUGAGGACAGAUUUGCCAGAAAUGACUGAUGUGGAGCCUUCGGUCACCAAUUUUGCAUCUUCGGCAAGGGCAGGCCGCCGGAAUGCCAUCCCCGACAUCCAGGGGUCAGCUGUGACAGGCGAAACUUCCAAGUUGCCCCUCAAACUGGAGGCCCUCUCCAUAAAGGAAGAUGUGAAAAAGAAAGAUGAAGAAACAACACAAGACCAAUUGGAAAAGCCCCCAAAUGAAGGAAAAUGAAGGCUCAGAACCUAUCAAAAGUGCUAAAUUUCUGCAAGGUGAAAGACUUUAGUGGCUCUGCUUUCCUGAGAUGUUUGAUCUGGUAGUAACCAUGGUAACGUUGCAGCCCUAAGCAACAUGUGUGUCCUAGGUAAUUUUGUUGUGAUGCUACUCACUUGGAUUGCAACCAUGUAGGUUAUUAAAAGGCAGAUUACUUCCAAAUUGCACCCAAGGAAAAGAUUAAGAAUGUAUGGUCACUUAAAUACAUAUCAUUGUCUAUAAACCCAACAAAAUCCACUGUUCUCUUUUGGAUUUAUUUAGCCAGAUGUGUUUUUAAUUCUGUUUUUAUAGUAGAGAGUAAAACAAUUCUCAGUAACUAUAAACCAAAUACCAUUAAUUUAAAAUUUUAUGGAAUGUGUAGGAAAUUAUGGUGGGGUUUUUUGGCCUUGGUUUUGGUUUUCGUUUGUUUGUUUUGGUAAGAAGAAAUAAGUCAAAACCACAGGGAUAGAAUAUUUGUUUUUGACCAAUUUUUUUUUUUUUUUGUUCCAAACCCUAAAAAGAUUUGGGAGAUGUAAAAGCUUGACAGCCUAAACAUCUCUAGGAUGUUUUUGUCCCAUAUGCAUUGCUUCUAUCCUAUGCAUACUGUGAUUUUUCAUGUGGACUCUUAAACUGCAAAGUUUGUGACAAAUUGUUUAUAUGUAACAUGCCUAUUAAAUGAAUUUUACUAUCUUCCUUAACUUUGGUGUGUGUAUUGUAGUUAUACGUUUUUAUUUAAUGUGAAUUAUGUGAACUAUCUUAUUCGUUGCUUUACACUAUCUUUUCUUAUUCUUAGGGCUUUUGUGUAUAUAUGACUUGUUUCUAAAAUAAUUUUCUCAGGAAUGCAGACCAUAAUUUUUAUAUCUUUCCUAAAGUAGGUAACAUAAGAGUAGGUAUUUGGUGAAUGAUGUAGGUAGAAAUAGCAAAAUACUUGCUUUUAAUAUAUAUUUAAGUAUAUAUUUUAAAAGAAGCAAAAUCAAAACCAAAGCCUUAGUAAAUAUUGAUGUACUAGGUAUUUUAGGAAAAUAAAAGAAUUCUGAAUUUUAAAAAAUUUGACUAAUGAAUUAUUUUUAUUUUCAGAUAUAUAUGCAUGCACUUUUACUUUAUUUGAUUGUAACUUAGGCCAUGUCUAUAUACAGUAAUCAAAUAAACUCUUUCACUGUUAAAUCUU